UUAAGAAUUGUUAGCUGUUCAGGGAUGGUCGCGUUUUGUAUGUGGAAAGAAUAAAAAAUAGACGUCCUAGUUGAGCGAGAAGGUCGUUCGUGUUUCUGUGGUAUUUUUUCAGAAAUCAGUCUGACUCUAGAUCAUAAACAGUUAGCACAGUCUUGAAAUCGAGAAUAAACAAUGAACGAACCUCUCCAACUGAAAGGACUUGCUAUUUGGUCAAUGAUGCAUCUAAUAAUUCGCUACUUUAUUAGGAUUUAGCUAACAUUAGCUCGCUAGCUUGCUUGGCUCAUUGGUAACGUUAACGUUAGCUCGUCUAUUUUCCUCAUAGGUCGGAUGAACGUACGUUUGCUAGCUAGCAGGCUAAUGAUGUCACCUGGAAACGUUAUGUAGCUCACAUGAGCUAGUUAGCCAGUUAUUUAGAUAGCUAGGUAAUUGCGUGAUGCCUGAUUAGUGUCUUUUUCUAGCUACCUUUUGCUCGCUAAAUUACGUAACGUCUUACGUCGCUGGCAAGCUCUGUUAUAGCCAGCUUGCUAUUAGUGUAGCUAGCUAAUAGACUUUGCUGUUAAUGUCCUCGGAGUACAGAACUGGUGGUUUAACUUCUUAAACGUGCUGAUGACUAACGUAGACUCACUGUGUUCCGGGCACUCAGCACAAUAAACAAAUUGUACCGUUUUCAUUCACGCACAAAUAAGAUUGGUUAACAGCUCCAUGUCUGGGGGGAUGGCACAGAAAGCUAAAUAAGUUUGAUUGGCACAAAUUGGACCAAUGAUCUUCGAGAAAUCGUGAAAAAACUUAAGGGAGACACGAUGGACGGAUUACCGUGAGUACUCACUGUAUUCCGGACAUCUGCUAAAUGUAGCUCACGGUAUCCCGGAUAGUUACGAAUUUCACAUUUCUGACUCUGGAAAUAUGGAUAUCUAGAUAAUUCCAAUUAUAUUCGGUGACAAGUUGCAGGAAUGGCGGUGUGUGCGCUGACCAUGCUGGACGGAGUGGGUGAUGAAGUCACGGUGGCAGGGGGCGCCGUUCUGCUGGCCCUGGCACUGGUCCUAGCCUGGCUCUCCACCCACGUGGCUGAGCGUGGGGACCACAUCCUGGGCACCAUUUUGACGGCGGGGGCCCACGUCUCGCUGAUCGGGCUGGGGGGCGGGGAUGCGUACAUCGGGGGGUCCUCCAGCCCGGACGCGUCUGAGCCUCAGCCGGCUUCCCACUCCCCGGAAGACAAGCCCGACGACGAGGACCCGGGGCCCGAGGUGGGCGAGGCCACGGGGGAUGGAGAGGGGGCGUCUGGGCCCAACGUGGACCAGCUACUGAACAUCCAGGGCCUGCGGAAAAGGGCGGCGGGGACCCCCAGCAAGCCCUGCACCCUGCAGGCCGAGGAGACCGAAGGGGAGGUGGAGGAGAAGGAGGCGGCCAAUGAAAGCCCCGACCAGGUGACCGUCAUCACGGUCCGUCUCAAGUUCCUCAAUGACACGGAGGAGCUGGCUGUGCUCAGGCCCCAGGACACCGUGGGCCUGCUGAAGAGCAAGUACUUUUCGGGCCAGGAGCGGCAGAUCAAGCUCAUCUUCCAGGGACAGCUCCUGCAGGACCCCGGGCGGACGCUGCUGUCGCUCAACAUCACGCACAACAGCGUCAUCCACUGCCACGUCUCCCAGGCGCUCCGGGAGGGCGGCGGGCCCGAGGGGGCGGCCCGCUCGGCCCCGGGGCCGGCCCAAACGGAGCAGGGAGGGGUGGGGGUGGGCGGCGGAGCCGGAGGGGUGGGCCUGGCGCUCAACACGGGCAGCCUGGUGGUGCCCGUCUUUGUGGUGAUGCUGGCCGUGGUAUGGUACUUCCGCAUCAACUACCGACAGUUCUUCACCGCCCCCGCCACCAUCUCCCUGGUGGGCGUCACCAUCUUCUUCAGCUUCCUGGUGUUCGGGAUGUACAGCCGGUGAGACGAGGGAAGGGGCCGAGACGGAGGUAGAACGGUGGGAGGCAAUAAUGAAGUAGCUAUCGAUUGGGCUUUUGCCGCGGUCGGGGCCGGCGAGGAAAGGAAAUGGAAGGCCUUGGUGCUCAUAGCAGGCGUGCUGGUGUGAGCGAGCGAGGGAGGGUAGGUGAGAGGAAGAGAGUGAGUGAGGUGGUAUACAUGUGAUAUGUAGCAGUGCAUGGGUGUUGGUGUUAAUGGGUGAUCCUGUACAAAGCUGGGAUCAGGGCUAAUGUUUUGCUUGUUAGGAAUAAAAGUAUUUAAGUGUCAAGAUUUACACUGAACGAAUUCAACAGGGUUGCGACGCAGAUUUUGCUGGUCCGUUGAUUUUAUAUAAUUGCACGAGUUGUCAUUUCACGCCAGUGUGAUAAUCACCCAGUGCAGUGUUGCCGCCUGACUUUGACCCUGUGAAGUUCAUCUCACUCUAAAAGCAUAGAUCUUCCAUAGCUGAGCCUUUGAAUUUCUCUGACUGUACCAGGCUUCUUGUACUAAUAACGCAGAAACAAGGACUUCAUGAAAUUGAAGCAUGUGAGCAUAUUCCCCCCGCCUCAACUCAAUACACAAAGCUUUUCUGAGAACAGUGGAACCUCCACUCUCAGCAAUAGUAUGAAAAUGCGAUCCAGGUGUUUUGAGUUUAGAUUAGGCUCACAGUGCAUGCAGUCUGCUCCAGUGAGCGGAGACGUCCUCCAUAUCCACACAUUUUAUAUUACUCCCCACUUUUGAACGAGCGUGUGGUGGGUGGAAUGGCGCAAGUCUGUUGUAUCUUAUCAUUUCGUAUCAUGUCCUCGGCUCUCUUCACGCUGUUUUACAGAGCGCAGCUAUCCACUGCCGCUCUUACGCCCUCCUCCAAUCUGGUUCCUAUCAGUAGGCACGGCAAGAACAAACUGUUCUGGAAUCCACAUGGAUACAACUCAAAGAGCAGUGUUUUCAGAUGGAGUGCAUCACGUGUCGCACUUGGCCAGGCAUUGCUAAUUUCUGUAUGCUAUGCUGUUUUAUUGAAGUUUGCCGAGAUCUAAAAAGGACAGGGUGGGGUACAUGAUACAAAAAUAGCAUCUAAGAAGCCAAACCUCCUCUGGUUCUUGGCCAUUUCAAAUCGCCAGUCUCCAGAGCAUUGAAAUGGCUUCCUCAGAGAAACUAAAAGUGCACCUAUUUAUUUUGCGACUGACGACGCAUCUCUGGUCUGAUCAGCGAUUAGUACAGCCUUAAAUAGAGCAUUCCUGUUCAGUUGACUAAGCUGUCUGGCUUGCUUGAAGGUUCACUGUUAUACAGUUAUUUUACUGUUGAGUUUAAAAAUAGGCCACGAGGUGUGCGGGACAAACAUUGCUUCUGUAGGGGUACUACCAUCAUAACGUUGUUACUAAAAUAACAUUCAAGGUGUAUUUUCUGCUCCAAGCACUCCGUUUCGAUGCCUAAAUAUGCCAGCGUAAUUUAAAAAAAACAACAUUUAAAAUGUGUGUACUGUAAAAUAAAAAAAGCUUGUUUUACAGACAAGCCCGUAUGUAAAUAUACAAGAUGAAAUUUACUGUACAUAGUGAGUGUAUGGACUGGAUGAAAUUGCAUUUGGCACUUGGGGGUGGUGUACGGUAAGCGAGCGGAAUGUGGGUGUGAUUGUUCAUCACAAUCUUUUCCCUCUGACUCCAAUGCUGUUGUGAAAUGGAUCUGUUUUGCACUCUGCUGUCAGUGUCGUUUGGAUUAAAGGUUUUCCAGCCAA